UGUCUGUGGUUUUGAUUGGCCCCACCUAUUUUCUAAGUUUGGAGGGGGGGCAUCUAGAAGUUACCUGCCUCUUGUGAGACCACACCCUUACCUUUGUGUUGUUUACCCCGCGCCCGGUUUCCUCUCUCUGGCUGCUGAGAGACACUUGGAAAUGGCAUGUAUAUAGAUUCGGGCAUAUUCACCUUCGGCAGUCCAGUACAUUAGCCUGUACACUGGAGAAUGGCCCAAAAUAAAUCCUGAAGUACCCCCCCCACCAUCACCCCUAUCUCCCACUUAGUCGAACAACAAAGGAAAACAAAAAACAAAAACAUGAGAGACACACAAGGAGAAGGAGGAGGCGGCGGAGACAAAAUCAGUAAAUCUGAGAAGGACCAGAGUUGGAUCCCAAAAAUCAUCAAGAAAAGAGUGUGCACCACCUUUGUAGAGGAUUCUUUCAGUAAUGGCGCGCUUUGCCAGUGUGGGGGUGCGAGAGACACCCAUGCCUCUGUGGCUCUCGGCGACUAUUUCAGCACGGCGAUGGUCAACCACUGGGACAGCGCCCAGCACUCCUCUGAGUACCCAACCGAUGCCUUUGGAGAGCUGCAGUUUGCAGGAGCCAGCAAGAGGCAUAGCUACUUCCUGCGUCUGUCAUGGGACACGCCCCCGUCUAUGGUCUACACCCUGGUGACAGCCCAUUGGGGCCUGCCUGCUCCCAAUCUGGUUGUUUCUGUAGUGGGUGGAGAAGGAAGGACAAAGGUGAAGACCUGGGUGCGGGAGGUCCUCAGGCAGGGACUGGUGAAAGCCUCACAAAGCACAGGAGCGUGGAUCCUGACGGCAGGCUUGCGUGAAGGUGUAGGGAGAUGUGUUGGAGAGGCAGUGAGGGAUCACGCCACCGCAGCCUCGUCGGUCUCCCUCAGCAAGGUGGUGGCGCUGGGGAUCGCUCCGUGGGGGCUGGUGCACAACCGACAGCAGCUGGUCAACCCUCAGGGCAGCUUUCCUGCUAAGUACUACGUCCAGAAUACAUCCCGGGACUCCUGCUGCCUUGACAACAACUACCAGGCCUUUCUGCUGGUAGAUGAUGGGAGUGUGGGACGCAGAGGAGGGGAUACGGGGUUCAGGGCCAAACUGGAGGACUACAUCUCCCACCAGCGCACAGGCAUCUGGGGCAGCGGCAGCAUUGACAUCCCUGUCCUUUGUAUGUUGAUAUCUGGGGAGGCAAGCAUGCUGGAGAGAGUGGAUCUUUCUCUGAAAAACUCCAUGCCCUGGCUGGUGCUGGCUGGCUCGGGAGGCAUAGCUGACUUCCUGAGUGACGUCUUGGAGAACCUGUCGUCAACCCAGGUGGUACAGUCUUCCAGCGAGGUCGAUGGCGAGGCGGGUCCCAGUGUAGAUCUGAAAGACAGAGUGGCAGAACGGGUUAAAAAGUACUUCUCUUCUGAAGCGGAGACGGAUAAACUAGUUGAACGAGCUCUUAGUAUCUACCAGAACAGAGAUUUGAUCACGAUCUACCAUGGAGAGCAGGAGGGCCCAAAUGAAUUUGAUACAGUCCUGCUCAAAGCUUUAGUGGGAGCUAGUAAGCACCGUGUGUCAGCCGAUGCCAGCCCUUACAAUGAAGAGCUGAAGCUAGCGGUCACAUGGAACAGGGUCGACAUUGCCAAGAGCGAACUCUUCAAUGGAGACAUCCACUGGAGGUAUGAAGACUUGGAAGACUCAAUGACAGACGCCCUGAUCAAUGAUAAGCCUCAGUUUGUGCGUCUAUUCACCGAGAAUGGCCUCAACAUCCUGGACUACCUGACUUAUGGCAGGUUGGAAAGCCUCUACCGCUCGGUGGCUGAUGGGACACUCCUUUACCAGCUGCUACAGCGCCACCUCAUGGAGCGGCUUGGAACUACACUGUCUAACCAGAACGACUCUCCUUCCAAAGUGGCAGCAGAGAAGAUACAGAGCGGGCCAGUGAAGGAGAUUAGCCUUUUUGAGGUGUCAAGGGUCCUGGAACUGUUAAUGGGUGAUGUUUGCCAGCCAUUCUACUAUGACGCUUUGGACUUAGAAGAGAUUACAUCCAAGAGGAGGGCUCUUAGGCGUGCCAGUAAGCUGCUGCGCGGAGACUGCUUGUAUCGGGAGAGACGCUGCCUUUUCCCCUGGGCCUCGCUCUUCAUCUGGGCCGUCCUGCAGAACCGCAGCAAGAUGGCCACUUUCUUCUGGGAGAUGGCAGGGGAGUCAGUGCUGAGUGCUCUGAGCGCCUGUAAGAUCCUGAGAGAACUGUCCAAGCUGGAGAUUGAGACUGAGACCAAACUCUCCCUGAAAGAGCUGGCCCAGAAUUUCGAGAACCUGGCACAUGACAUCUUCAGCUCUUGCUAUCGGAGCAAUGAGAGUCGCUCGUUCACCCUGCUGAUUAGGAAGUCUCCGGUUUGGAGUGGUACAACCUGCCUCCAGAUGGGCAUGAGCGCUGACGCACGACUUUUCUUCAGUAAUGACGGAGUACAGUCUCUGUUGUCCCAGAUCUGGUGGGGUGACAUGAAGAGGAACACGGAGGUGUGGAAGCUCAUGCUCACCUUCUUCUGCCCCAUCCUCUGCUACACCAACUUAAUCUCCUUCAGGAAACAAGAGGACCAGCAGCACGAGGAGGAGGGGAAGCCUAACGAGGACGGUCCGGGCCGAGACAACGACAGCCUCUAUGGCACCACCGUCUUCUCUUUCUCUGACAUCAAGCACAUUGAAGCUGACGCACAAGACGCAAACUCUCCCAGGACAGCAACCAUCAAAGGCAUACCCCUCACUCGCAGACCACCAAAGCGUCCAUUUAUAGUGUCAAGAUGGCGCCAGUUCUGGUUUGCUCCCGUCACCGCAUUUUUGGGCAACGUCCUGAUGUACUUCCUCUUCCUCCUGCUUUUUGCCUAUGUGUUGUUGGUGGACUUCAAGCCCCCUCCACCUUCUGGUCCGGCCAUUACUGAGUAUGUGCUGUACUUCUGGGUAUUCACCAUUGUGUGUGAGGAGAUCCGGGAGACUUUCUUUUUGGGGACGAUGACUUGGCGUCAACGGGUCCGAGUGUACAUUCAGGAUGUAUGGAACAAGUGUGACCUCACUGCCAUCACGCUGUUCAUCAUAGGACUAAUCUGCAGGAUGUUCCACUGGUCGUAUGGAUUUGGCCGAGAUGUCCUCUGUGUGGACUACAUGGUCUUCACCCUCCGCCUCAUUCACAUCUUUGCCAUUCACAAACAGCUGGGACCGAAAAUCAUCAUUGUUGGCAAGAUGAUGAAGGAUGUUUUCUUUUUCCUCUUCUUCCUGGGGGUGUGGCUCAUGGCAUACGGAGUAGCCAACCAGGCUUUGCUUUAUUCCUACGACCCUCGCCUAGAUCGAAUCUUCCGCCGGGUUUUCUACAGGCCUUAUUUGCACAUCUUUGGACAGAUCCCUGUAGAGGAGAUAGAUGUGGGGAAGGAAUGGGACAUGGCCUGCACAGACAACGUGACGUUGAUUCAGGACGGUGCAGAGCCGUGCAGAACUCUGUAUAGUAACUGGCUGGUGGUAAUACUGCUGGUCGUCUACCUGCUGGUCACCAACAUCCUACUCAUCAACCUGCUCAUCGCCAUGUUUAGCUACACCUUCUCUGAAGUGCAGGCAAACAGCGACAUCUACUGGAAGUUCCAGCGCUACAACCUGAUAGUUCAGUACCACUCCCGUCCUUCCCUGGCACCUCCUUUCAUCAUCCUCUCUCACCUCAAUCUCUUUAUCAAGAGGACCAUCCGCAAGGUGCCCUCGAUCAAGAUCCACCAUUUUGUAUUGCAGUUAAGAGGGAAAGCAGCUAACAGGCUAAUGACAUGGGAAACCAUUCAGAAGGAGGACUUCCUGACGGCUCAGACAAAGAUCCAGAAAAACAGUGACUCCGAGAGGCUCAAGCGGAUGUCUGUCAAAGUGGAUGGUGUCCUUAAACAUUUGACUGAAACCAGAGACUUUGACCACAGGCUGAGGGCUCUGGAGAAUGAGAUGGAGUAUUGCUCAAACGCUCUCAGCUGGAUUGUGGAUACUUUGGCACAAGGCAGCACGUUCAAACCUCCGCGGCCUCCACCUACAUUAAAAGAUGUGUUCCCUUCUUCUUCCAGUUCCACCUGAUUUAGCCCCGGUGCUGCUUUCACUUGCUAGGGUUCAGUAAGUUACAAGAAUGAAGUGCUUUUGCUUUAGCUGCUCUCAUGCCACAGACCAUACAGUCUUGCUGUUUUCCAUCAGUGUCUAUCACUGGACUCAUUUACUGAAGAUUUUCAGUGAUUCUUGACUUGACACUUCUCGUUACAGUACUGAGUAAUUGCAAUAUAUGCUAUUUGUGCAGUUUAUUUUAUUCUAAUGCCAAAGACAAGUGCAUGUAUUUAUGAUGUGGGAUGAUAUAUUUUAUGUAUUAUGUCUUUAUUGCUGUUGUUUUAAGCUGACAGCUGGAAUUUUUUUUUAAAGUUUUUAUUGUAAUAUUGAAACUAUAUUAUUUACUGGAGUUACAUUAGUUUCAGAUUGUAAUGCUUUUGUGUUCAAUUACUUUCUCGCUAAACAGUUGCUUUUAACAAUCUUAAAUGUUAAAUCAUGU